AUGGCGAACACGGAUACUCUGCUCGACGUCCACGGCCUCUCGUGCGUCAAAGAUGGGCAGCCGAUUCUCAGCGACGUGAGUUUUGUGGUGAACGAGGGUGAUGUGUGUGUCGUCCAGGGGAAAAGCGGUUCGGGGAAAUCGACGCUGUUGAAGUGUCUAGCUCAUCUCACAUUAUAUGAUGGCGAUAUUCACUACCGAGGCAGAACCCCCAAGAAUAUCGGAAUACCACAGUAUCGAACCCGAGUGCUAUACGUCCCGCAAAGACCAUCACUGCUGCCUGGGACUCCCCACGAAUUCCUGCAAGCCAUAGGAUCUUUCUCCGCACGGAGAUUGUCCGGAACAAAGAAAGCGGUCGCGCAAGCACAAUCGGACUUGGAGGAGCGUGCAAAGGGCCUCGCCAAGGCAUGGGGUGUCGAUAACGGCUUGUGGUACAGAGACUGGUCGAGUUUGAGCGGUGGAGAGUCGCAGCGAAUCGCGCUCGCUGCUGGGCUGGGAUGCGACGCGGCUGAGGUCUUGCUGCUAGAUGAGCCGACAUCUGCUCUGGAUGCCGAGACGUCGCUGCUGGUCGAGAAAUCGUUAACGGGGGAGGUUAAAUCUGAGGAGGCGGAGGUAAAAGCAAUAAUAUGGAUCACGCAUUCUGAAGAGCAGGGCGGCAGAGUGGGAACGAGAUUUCUGCAAGUCCAAGGAGGAAUCUGCAGCGAAGAGCGACUGCCCGACGUUUAG